AUGCUGUUUGAUAGACUAAAGUUUUUGGUUCUUCCAAACAAUGAAACCGGAUCCAUAGGUGUAAUAUCAAAAUCCAUUACACAAGAUGGUGGGAAAAUAAUUUCAACUUGUGAUGAAAUUGACCAAUGUACAGUGGUCCUAAUAAAUGAUGCUUAUAUGAAUCCACAGAGGAGUCAACUGGUACGUCAAGAAAUAUUUAAAAGAGAAUUUACGCUUGAGUACGAGAAAGUAAUUCACUUAAUUGAAGAAAAGGGUCUGAAAUGCCUACCUACAAGCACGAUAGCAAAAUGUUUGAAAGAAAAUAGACUAGAUUUAAACCAAUAUUCAACGAUUUCUCAGUUGCUUGGAAUAAUUGAUAUAUCUGAUGAUUCGGUACCUUUAUCAAAUGGAACAUCCUCUGAAGAGAGUACAGAUGUAUCCCCUGAUACCACUGAUGAUAAUGUCCAUCAAUCUACUGAAUCUAAAAGCCCAUCUUCAACUCAAAAAGAGAGUGAUGGUAAACUCAAACCCAUACUACCUCAGGGUGACAAUAGUCUCUUGGUUGAUGCUAUGGAUAAUCUUUUUACAAAAUAUAAUUCUGAAGGUGACGUUUUCCGUGCACGUAGUUAUAAAUUAGCAAAGGCAUCGAUUGAGAAUACUCCCUUUCGAAUUAAAUCUGGUGACGAUGCUCGAAAGAACCUGAAACACAUUGGACCUAGUAUUGCUAAGAAAAUACAGCUUAUUUUAGAUCAAGGGUAUUUAGCUGGUUUAAAUGAAACCUUGGCAUUAUCAAGUCACUUGAAUUAUUUUAUGAAUUGUUACGGGGUAGGAGCUAAUCUUGCAAAACAUUGGGAUACCUUAAAGUUUGAAACGUUCGAUGACGUUGUAAAAAAAGCUCCACAAGACAUGUUUCAUGAGUGGUCUAUCCUCUUAGGAUGGGCGUAUUACGAGGAUUGGGGUAAGAAAAUCUCUCGUAAAGAGUGUGAAGCACAUUUUCAGAUCGUUCGUUCGACAUUGAAGCUAAUCGCACCCAAAUACGAGGUUGAGAUAUUAGGUAGUUACAUAAGAGGAAACGAGAAUUGUGGUGAUAUUGAUUUAUUAUUCUUUCGCGAAAAUUGUGAAGACACGGCUGAAUUAGGGACAGUGAUGGGCGAUGUUGUUUUAGAGUUAUUAAAACAAAAAUAUGUCCAAUGCACUCUGCAGAUGAAUCCAGAAAUAGGGAAAUAUAUGGAGUCAGUAAUACAAGGUUUAUUCAAGACAUGUGGAAUACAAGUACCAAAAAUUAUCAGUCGACGUUGGAGAAAAGAUAAAACCCUGAAGAAAUAUUUUCUUGGGGUAAAGCUGACCCAACAUGAAUAUGCACAAUAUUAUUCACAUAGACUAAAUGAAGAAUAUCAAAAGCUAGAAAAUGUCGAUAAAUAUAUGUCAAGAAGUUCUAAUAAUGCAUCAGCUUUACCUGUAUGUCGGCGACUUGAUUUCUUCUGUUGCAAGUGGUCUGAACUAGGAGCUGCAAAACUUCAUUAUAUUGGCUCUAAAGAGUUCAAUAGGUGGAUACGGCUAAGAGCCAUAUCUCAAGGCCUCAGUCUUACACAACAUGGCCUUUUCAAAGACGAUAAACUAAUAGAGAGUUACGAUGAAAGGGAGAUAUUCAAACAUCUGGGAUUGAAGUACAUUGAGCCUCGUAGUAGAAUAGAGGGACAAUGGGAACAUCAUGUAAUGGAGACGCAUAAUAUAUAA